AUGAACAGCCCAGAGAGUGUAAGUUCUUUUUCUAAUAUUGUCAACAAUCUUGGAUUGAGCAGUUAUUCAUCCUCUCUCAUUCAAGAGAUUAGUGAUGCAAUAUCAUCAGCUUAUUCAUCAUCAGAAAUAACGGGAACACCUGAUUCUGUUAAAUCUAAAUUAUUUUUAUCACCAUUACGAGGUGACAAUUCACUCAAAGCACAAAUAAAACAACGAGAUAGUAUAAUAGAUGCUAUGCGCUUAAAAUAUAACAGAACAAUCUCAAAACUCACAGAGCAAUUCCAAAAAUACGAUGAAGCAAUUAGCAAAUUUAAGCAACAAUACCAAGAAAAAACAAAUGAACUUGAAGCUCUCAAAAAACAAUCUCCCGAUAUUCAAAAUCUACAAGAACAAAUCAAACAGCUUAAACAUGAAAAGAAGAUCCUUCAACAAAAGAUCAAGGCAAGUCGUGAAUACUUAAAUCUUACAGAAUUAUCAAAAUUAUCUGACGAAGAAUACAAUCAACUCAAAGAUCAGCCAGAUUCAUCCCUUUCAAUCCCUCAAUUUGUUGCUGUCCAGUUAUAUAGACGAGACAGAGAAUUUGCUCGUAAAAUCUCUGAAAGUGAUACUCAGAGAAAUGAAGCAAGAUCUGAAGCAAUCAAGUUACAGGCAGAAUUAGAAACACAACAGGAACUUGUGCGUUCUCUUACAGCAAAGCUUGCAUCUAAGUCAGGAUCUCAGGUUGCAGCAAAACCAAUUGGUUCAGAUAUAAGCAGUGCAAGUACACAGAAAAUAGAAAGACUUGAGAGUGAAAUAACAAGACUCAAAGCAACUAUUGACCAAUUUAAUCAAAUGCAGAAUGAAUCGCUUAAAACAGAAAAGAAAUUGAUUUCAGCACAGCAUGAAGCUGAAGGUCUUAGGAAGCAAAUUGACGUUCUUUCUCAUGCAAAUGAUGAUCAAAAGAUGAUCAUAUCUGAUUACAGAUCUCAAAUCGAACGCCUGACAAGAUCAAAUGAUGAAUUAAUGCAUAGAACAUUCAGCACAUCAGAACAGAGGAAGACUGAUAUAGGAUCUGUUAUACAAACAGAAGUUUUGAAACUUGCAGAGCGUAGCCGCAGCGAUAUAGAGUUCAUUAGAGAAGUCACUGAAAAAGCAAGACAAAGAGAAACAUCAACAUGGGAGAAAAAUUACAACAAUGCAAUGGAUGAGAUAAAGAAGCUUAGACUUGAUUUAAGAAAGAGUGAAGAGCAGAGAAGCUCCGUUCAAGCUGAAUAUCAAACUCUACAAUUAGCUCAUGAAGCAGAAUUAACUCGUGUUCAAUCAGAUUUAAGAGUCAAAACAUAUGAACUUGAAUCGAUCAAGUUGAGAAAUGAAGAACUUAAAGCACAGCUUGAAGAUACUACAGAUGAAAGAGAUGCUUUUGCUGCUAAGUUCGAUAUUAUCAAACAAGAAUUAGUUGCUAAAGAGGCUGAUCAAAAAGUUACAGAAGAAAAAAUUGCAAAUCUUACUGAAAAAGUCAAUAUGUAUGAGAAACUUGAAGGAGAAUUGGACACUGCAAUUGAAAAUCUUGAUAUGCAGGGAGCUUCUGCAAUUAAUGUUCCAUCAGAUGCAAAUAGACGCGUUAAGCAAUCAAUACAAUUGUCUAAACGUGUCAUGACCCUUCAGAAACAACAAACUGAACUCACAAAUGAACUUAAUGAUACAAAACAGAAAUUAGCACAAAAGACAGAUGAAUGUAAUACAAUGAAAGAUCAAUUAAAUGCUGCUGGACAACCUCAACAAGUGUUCGUUCAGAUGCUUGCUGAAAAACAAGAACAAAUUAAGAGAUUGCAGAAGAAGAUUCAAUACUUGUCAGAGCAAAAUCAAACUUUGAUGAUGGAAAAACAAAACUUAUCUAGAGAUUAUAGCAUUAUUGCUCAUCAACAGGAAGAUUUAAAGGCAUCAAAGAAGAUUUCAGGUUGCCCAUUUGCUCAAGCACCAAUAGAAGAUGAGCCAACUCAUGAACCAGUUGAUCCUGCUCCUUUCAUUAUAACAAGAUAUGAUUAA